CAGACAUUUGCGCCAAAAUGCGCUCCGCGGCCAAAUUGUUUUACUUGGCUGUGUUUAGCUUGCUAAACCUCACCUCCGCCAACCAUGAUGGCCAUGAGCAAUCCCAACUUGAAGUUGACACCUGCGCUAUUGACCCCAGUGCCAUGGUGUCCGACGCCUGCGUUUCCUACGCCGCCAUCAAUCAAAUGAAUGACCAAGUUUACACGCUCCUUCAAUCCAUCACACAAGAAACCGAUUUCUUCUCAUACUACCGUCUCAACCUAUUCAACAAAGUCUGCCCAUUCUGGCAAGACUCAAAUAGCAUGUGCGGGAAUAUCGCCUGCGCCGUGAACACGAUCGAAUCAGAAGAAGACAUCCCAUUGACGUGGCGCGCGGAGGAGCUGAGUAAACUUGAAGGCCCCAAGGCCGGUCAUCCCGGUCGCAAGCUCCAGAAGGAGCGUCCCAAGGAUCGACCGCUCCAGGGUAUGCUGGGAGACAACGUCAGGGAGAGCUGCGUGGUCGAGUAUGACGAUGAGUGUGACGAGCGGGAUUAUUGUGUCCCCGAAGACGAGGGAGCCAGCGGAAAGGGAGACUAUGUCAGUUUGGUGGAUAACCCGGAACGAUUCACGGGGUAUGCUGGAGCAGGCGCCCGGCAACUCUGGGAUGCUGUCUAUCGCGAGAAUUGUUUCCUGAAGCCGGUUCCGGAGCUAGAGUCGUCUCCAAACGUUCAGUUGGGAGGGCUGGAGGCCGUAAAUGACUUUCGGAAUGUUAUCCAGAAGGAGCUGAAACAUGCGGAGGGAUUGCCUCUGGACAAUGAGUGUCUUGAGAAGCGCGUCUUCCAUCGUGUCAUCAGUGGAAUGCAUGCCUCCAUCUCGACGCAUCUCUGCUGGGACUAUCUCAAUCAGACGACGGGACAAUGGCACCCGAACUUGCAGUGCUUCAAGGAACGACUGCACGACCACCCGGAGCGGAUCUCCAACUUGUACUUCAACUAUGCGCUGGUGUCCCGGGCUGUUGCGAAACUGCGGAAGCAUCUGGAGGGAUACACGUACUGCACCAGCGAUCCUCUCCAGGAUGCUGAAACCAAGGCGAAGGUGUCUGUUCUUACCAAGGCUCUUGCCGACAGACCCCAGAUUUUCGACGAGAACAUCAUGUUCCAGGAUCCCAGCGCCAUUGGUCUGAAAGAAGAUUUCCGCAAUCGGUUCAGGAACGUGAGCCGGCUGAUGGAUUGCGUUGGAUGCGACAAAUGCCGACUAUGGGGUAAGCUCCAAGUCAACGGCUAUGGGACCGCCUUGAAGGUCUUGUUUGAGUAUGACGAGACGAAAAACGGCGAAAACCCCCCGCUCCGGAGAACCGAGUUGGUGUCUCUGGUCAAUACGCUGGGGCGGAUCUCGCACAGUCUGGCCGCUGUUCGCAGUUUCCACCGCGCCAUGGACCUGAACGAUGGCGACGUUUUCGCCAUUCAGGCGGCCCCGGGGUCACGGCAAAAGAGCCCCGAUGGCAAGGGAACGAAACGUCUUUAUAAGGAUGGUGGCUCGACUUUCUACUACGAAAACGACGAAGACGAUUUCGCAUACGCCGCCGAAAAGCUACCGUGGGAGCGGAAGAGAGUUCGCCGUGAGACGGACACGGUCAUGGACGACAUCAAGGCCGAGUUUUCCGUGGUAUGGGACACAUUCGUCUACGUCGCGAAAUCCUGGCUCAACGCUCCUCAAACUAUCUUUGAAAUAUGUGUUCUGGAAGUCAAUCGGCUGUGGAGCUAUUGGUUGGGUCUGCCAGUGCCUCCACGCGCCUGGAAGAUUCGACUUCCCGGUACUCCAGUAUCCGACGGCCAUGACGAGCUAUGAGUAUACUAGGAGA